UUCGAAGCUUCAACAGCAGAAAGCACCACCCCAUCCACACUCUUUGAGCACGCGCAUUUCACGCCAAUUAAUCCUCCUCAAGUGGAGAGAUAUGCGGCGGAGGCAUACGCGAUGCAGUGCUAUACAGAGCUGACGCCGCCGACGGCCGUGACGCAUUCGACGACGCUGCAAUUCAUCCCCGGGCAGGGCACAAACCUCGUCGUCGCCAAGUCGUCGCUUCUCCAGAUAUUCAGGACAAAGAUCGUUGCCACCGAACUCGAUGCAUCGCAGACCGGCAUCGGCGGGAACCGGGCCCGCAGCGCUGCGCAGUACGAGAGCCGGCUGGCCAACGACGACGACGGCCUCGAGGCAUCCUUUCUCGGCGGCGACAGCCUGGGCCUGAGGACCGACCGCGCUAACACGACCAAGCUCGUCCUUGUCGCCGAGUUCCCGCUCGCGGGCACGGUAACGGGACUCGCCCGGAUCAGGACGCCCAAGGCCAACAGGAACCACGACGGCGGUGCGGGCCAUGCGGGUCAUGCGGGUCAUGGAUGCGACUCGCUCCUCAUCGCCUUCAGGGAUGCGCGGCUCAGUCUGGUCGAGUGGGACGCCGAGCAGCACACCCUGUCUACGAUAUCGAUCCACUACUACGAGCAGGAAGAGCUCCAGGGCAGCCCGUGGGCGGCGCCGCUGAGCCACUACGUCAACUUCCUGGUCGCCGACCCGGGCAGCAGGUGCGCGGCGCUCAAGUUCGGCGCCAGGAACCUGGCCAUCCUGCCCUUCAGGCAGGCCGAUGAGGACAUUGACAUGGGUGACUGGGAUGAGGAGCUGGACGGUCCGCGCCCGGCAAAGGAUCCGUCGUCCAACGCUGUCGUGAAUGGAGCUAGCAACAUAGAAGACACACCAUAUUCACCCUCUUUUGUCCUCCGACUCUCCAAUCUUGACCCAAGCCUGCUCCAUCCCGUGCACCUGGCCUUCCUGCAUGAGUACCGAGAGCCCACCUUUGGCAUCCUCGCCUCGGCCACGGCGCCCUCCAACGCGCUCGGCCGCAAGGACCAUCUCGUCUACAUGGUCUUCACCCUCGACCUCCAGCAGAAGGCCUCCACCACCAUCCUCUCCGUCUCCGGCCUGCCCCAGGACCUCUUCCGCGUCGUGCCCCUGCCCGCCCCCGUCGGCGGCGCCCUGCUCGUCGGCUCCAACGAGCUGAUCCACGUCGACCAGUCCGGCAAGCCCAACGGCGUCGCCGUCAACCCCAUGACCAGGCAGUGCACCAACUUUGGCCUCGUCGACCAGUCCGACCUCAACCUCCGCCUCGAGGGUUGCGCCAUCGACGUCCUGACCCCCGACCUCGGCGAGCUUUUCGUCGUCCUCAACGACGGUCGUGCGGCCGUCGUCACCUUCCGCAUCGACGGCCGCACCGUCUCCGGCCUCGAGAUCAAGAUGCUCCCCGAAUCCGCCGGCGGGUCCCUGAUCCCCGGCCGCGUCUCCACCCUCUCGCGCAUCGGCCGCAACGCCGUCUUCGCCGGCCGCGAGGAGGGCGACUCCUUGUUGCUCGGUUGGGCCAAGAGACAGGCCCAGACCGGGCGGAGGAGACUCCGGGCCAGGGACGCCGCCGGCAGCGGUGAUGUGGAUGCCGAGGGUGCGGAGCUCGCCGAGGGAGACGAGGACGUGGUGGCGGAGGGGGAGGACGAGGACGAGGACGAAGAGGACGAAGACGAUUUGUACGGCGAAGAGUCGGCGCCCCGCCAGCAGCCCGUCUCCGCCGCGAGCAGCUUCCUGAGCGGGGACGUCAGCUUCCGCGUCCACGACCGGCUCCUCAGCGUCGCGCCCAUCCAGGCGCUGACGUACAGCCAGCCGGUCUACCUGGCCGGGAGCGAGGAGGAGCGCAACUCGGCCGGCGUCCGCAGCGACCUGAACCUCGUCUGCACCGUCGGCCGGGACAAGUCGGCCGCCUUGGCGACCGUGAACCUGGCCAUCCAGCCGAGGGUCAUCGGCCGCUUCGAGUUCCCCGAGGCGAGGGGGUUCUGGACCGUCUGCGCCAAGAAGCCCGUCCCCAAGAGCCUCCAGGGCGACAAGGCCGGCAACUCCCUCUCCAAGGACUACGACACGGCCGGCCAGUACGACCGGUUCAUGAUCGUCGCCAAGGUCGACCUAGACGGCUACGAGAAGUCGGACGUGUACGCCCUGACCGCCGCCGGCUUCGAGGGCCUCGGCGGCACCGAGUUCGACCCCGCUGCCGGUAUCACCAUCGAGGCGGGGACCAUGGGCAAAGGCAGCAGGAUCAUUCAGAUUCUCAAGUCCGAAGUCCGAUGCUACGACGGCGACUUUGGUCUCAGCCAGAUCGUCCCCAUGCUCGAUGAGGAGACCGGCGCGGAGCCCCGUGCGGUCAGCGCGAGCAUUGUGGACCCCUUCCUUCUCAUCAUCCGGGACGACUCGAGCGCCUUCAUCGCCCAGGUCGACAGCAGCAACGAGCUCGAGGAGCUCGACAAGGAGGACCCGACCUUGGCUUCUACCAAGUGGCUCACCGGCUGCUUGUACGCCGACACUACGGGCGCCUUUGCGGAGGAAGCGCCAGGGAAAGGGGGCAAGCUAUCUCAAAGCGUGCUGAUGUUCCUUCUGAGCGCCAGCGGCGCCCUGCAUAUAUAUCGACUGCCCGACCUGUCGAAACCGGUCUAUGUCGCCGAGGGGCUGUCCUAUAUUCCCCCAGGGCUCUCGGCCGACUACUCCGCGAGGAAAGGGACGGCAAAGGAGACCAUAGCCGAGAUACUCGUUGCAGAUCUCGGGGACAUGACGCACAAAUCGCCGCAUCUCAUCCUUCGCCACACAAACGACGACCUCACCCUGUACCAACCGUUCCGGUAUAACACGGGGGCCGGCCUCGAGUUCUCCAAGACGCUCUUCUUCCAGAAGCUCCCGAACACGGUCUUCGCCAAGAGUCCAGAGGAGGCAGACGACGACGAGGCGACGCACCAGCCCCGGUUCCUCUCGAUGCGUAGGUGCGCCAAUGUCGGGGGGUACAGCACCGUAUUCCUGCCCGGCGCGUCUCCGAGUUUCAUCAUCAAGUCAUCCAAGUCGGUGCCCAAAGUGCUGCCACUGCAGGGGACGGGCGUGAUCGCCAUGAGCCCCUUCCACACCGAGGGCUGCGAGCACGGCUUCAUCUACGCAGACUCGCGGGACAUGGCGCGGGUAGCCCAGCUGCCGCAGGACUGGAGCUACGCGGAGCUCGGGCUCGCGGUCAGGAAGAUCCCGAUCGGGGAGGACAUCGCGGCCGCCGCGUACCACCCGCCCAUGCAGAGCUACGUUGUCGGCUGCAACACGCCCGAGCCGUUCGAGCUGCCCAAGGACGACGACUACCACAAGGAGUGGGCACGCGAGAACCUGGCCUUCAAGCCCACCGUCGACCGCGGCAACCUCAAGCUCGUGAGCCCCAUCACCUGGACCGUGGUCGACUCGAUCCAGAUGGAGCCCUGUGAGACGGUCCUCUGCGUCGAGUGCCUGGGCCUCGAGGUGUCCGAGUUCACCAACGAGCGGAAGCAGCUCAUCGCCGUCGGCACGGCCAUAACCAAGGGCGAGGACCUGCCGACCCGCGGCCGCGUCUACGUUUACGACAUUGCCGACGUCAUCCCCCAGCCCGGCCGCCCGGAGACGAGCAAGAAGCUGAAGCUGAUCGCCAAGGAGGACAUCCCCCGCGGCGCCGUCACCGCCCUGUCCGAGAUCGGCACCCAGGGUCUCAUGCUGGUCGCCCAGGGCCAGAAGUGCAUGGUCCGCGGCCUCAAGGAGGACGGCAGCCUGCUGCCCGUAGCCUUCAUGGACAUGAGCUGCUACGUGACGGCCGCCAAGGAGCUGCCCGGCACCGGCCUCUGCCUCAUGGCUGACGCUUUCAAGGGCGUCUGGUUCACCGGCUACACCGAGGAGCCCUACAAGAUGAUGCUGUUCGGCAAGAGCGCGACGAGGCUCGAGGUCCUCAACGCCGACUUCCUCCCCGACGGCAAGGAGCUCUUCAUCGUCGUGAGCGAUGCCGACGGCCACAUCCACAUCCUGCAGUUUGAUCCAGAGCAUCCAAAAUCCCUCCAGGGCCACCUCCUGCUGCACCGCACCACCUUCAACACGGGCGCCCACCAACCGACCAAGUCACUCCUCCUCCCGGUCACCACCCCGGCCGACCAAGAACGAGACCGCAAACCAGCCGACCCUUCCUCCUCCUUCUCCUCCUCUUCUUCCUCCUCUCCCUCCUCCCCCUCCUCCCCCUUUUUCCCCUCCACCUCGUCGUCAAAUCAUCAAAACCAAAACCAGACCCAAAGCCGCGAGCAGGCCACAAAAAAAGACCAGCAAGCCAACGGGGGGGGCGCCGCCGCCGCGCUCACGUCCCCGCGCCCGCACGUGCUGGUGCUCGCGGCGCCGACGGGCGUCCUGGCGGCGCUGCGAGCGCUGCCCGAGUCGGCGUACCGCCGCCUCUCGUCGCUGGCCGCGCAGCUGGCCGGCUCGCUCCCGCACGCGGCCGGUCUCAACCCGCGCGGCUACCGCCUGCCCGACGGCGUCGCCUCGUCCUCGUCCCCGUGGUCCUCCUCCUCCUCCUCCUUUUCGGCCGUCGUCCCCGGCGUCGACGCCGGCGUCGGCCGCACCAUCGUCGACGGCGCCCUCCUCCAGCGCUUCACGGAGCUCGGCAUGGCCCGUCGCGUCGAGCUCGCCGGCCGUGCCGGGUACGCUGGCGGCGUCGCCGAGGUCAGGGCCGAGCUCGAAGCCGUCCUCGGCUGGGCCGGGCUGAGCUACUUCUGAUUUGAGCCCCCUUCCUUGGCGCGGAAGAGAGUGCGGGUAUGUGUGUGUGUGUUUGGGGGGGGGGGUUGUGAAAAUGUUCCGACGACGACGGCGAUGACGACGAGGACGAUGACGCAACGUCACGAGUGUGAAGAAGAGGCGAAUAAUAAAAAGGAGCCGAGAGGAGCUCUCUUGGCGUCUUUUGACAUGUUAUCCAACGUUGCUACUACCUACCUACCGAGGAUCAUAGCGCUAGCUAGAACACGGUCAUCAUGUAUCAUCUA